AUGAGCGCAUCCCCGGGAGUCCGUCAGCCCUCUGAUGCCGGCAAAGAAGUCCACGCUCUGAGCUGUGUCAACUGUCGCCAGCGCAAAGUCAAGUGCUCCAAGACCUACCCCUGCCCCCACUGCCUCAGGGGCGGGUUGGAAUGCAUCUUCCCGUCACGCAAAAAGGACAGACGCCCACGCACAAAUAAAAAUCAUGAGCUGCUGAACAGACUGGCCAAGCUCGAGGCCAUUGUCGGCCAGGUCGAUCCUGACUCUAUCAGUCUGAAUCCUAGCCAUCCGCCUGUGGACGCGGCGCCGUCGAGCAGUACAGCCGAGGACGUCGACAAGGUGGUCGCUCAGCCCACGAUAAGUCCAGCUCAGCGGGUGGCCGAGUCUGAGCUCAGGAACCCCCAGAAGAGAUGCCCGACCGCCCAGCCUGUGUCGAAGGAUGAUCCCGCCGCCAAGUACGUGAGCGGGGAGUUCUGGGCCAACUUGUCGAGAGAAGUUGAGGGCAUCAAGGCCACUCUGGAACAGCCUAGCGAUGAAGACGAUGACGACGACGGCGAAACCGAUGGCCCUUCGCCCGAGUCCCAAUAUCAGGGGAGUUAUAGCAGUCUCACCCACGGCAUGAGCCCACCCGCGAUCCUGGGCAAUGCUUCUCUGGCGGAAGUAUUACCACAUCCUCCGCCCGCACGGAUGAGGAGGUUAUGUGACAUUUACUUCCGUAGCGUCGAUCCACUGAUGAAAAUUGUGCAUAAACCGACAAUCGAAAAGACCCUCAAUUUAUUCAUGGUAAAUCCAGCCGAUCACCCGCUCAGUCGAACAACAGAGGCCCUCUUCUUCGCCAUCUAUUUCGCUGCUGUCACAAGUGUGCAGCCAGACAGCUGCAUGCGACAACUAGGUGAGGAGCGAAGGCUGCUGGCUGUGCAGUAUAAGCAAGCGGUUGAGCAUGCCCUAGCGAGGGCGGAUUAUUUGAACAGCACAUCGCUGGAGUCGCUCCAGGCCUUUAUGAUCUACUCUACUUGUCUACGCAAUUAUGCAGAAUCUCGCGCCUCGUGGAUGCUGCUAGCUCUGGUUCACCGUCUUGCUCAAGCCAUUGGUCUCCAUCGUGACGGGGACGGGUCCAUCUUCUCUCCAUAUGAAGCAGAGAUGCGCCGUAGAUUGUGGGCUCAGCUCAUCGUUCUCGAUGUCCGCGCUGCUCAGGAUCGAGGCACGGAGGCAAUGGUCCGGCAAGAAGAGACCAGCACGAUUCCACCGACAAACAUCAACGACGAGGACUUCGGCCCAGACACUACGGUCCCGCUGCCCCAGCUGGCAAAAGAGGGACCAACAGACAUAACAUUCAGUCUCUGCACUUACCAUUGCUCCAAACUCUUCCUGUAUAUCCACGGGCCCAGGAGCCGCUUCUCCAAAGCCACCCAUGAAACCACCACUCCCGGGUCGCAGGUGCAGCCUCAGGUCUCCGAGGAAGACAUCAUUCAGCGUAUCAAGGCCCUAGAAGCCCAGUUUCUCACAGCCGCUGCCGAUCAACCGGGACACCCGCAGUCGGCUUAUGCGGCCACGGUCAUACGUAUCGCAUCGCUGGUUUAUUGGCUGAGCAUCCAAUAUCCAUUCCAAGUAAGACAACCUACCAUUAAGCCGCGAGUAAGCCGCGAGCACAUGCUCCAGACCGCCGUCGCCAUCAUGGAGCUGCAAACCCACGGGCCGUCCUCCGCCGCCAUGAGCACGGAGGAGUACAGGGAGAGAUUUCUCUGGUGGGGUGACGGCUACAUUCCGUGGCACCCCUUGGCCGUCGCCCUGGCGGAGCUCUGCGUGCAGACGGAGGGGCCCCUGGUCGACAGGGCGUGGAAGACGAUCGACCGCGUCAUGCCGGCAUGGAGCGACAAGGUCGCGGACACAAAGAAGGGUGCGCUGUGGCGGCCGAUCCGGAAGCUGCUCAAGCAGGCAAGGCAGAGGAGGGCCGAGGCGCAGAUGAGGAGGCUGGGCAUCAGCGACCGCGGCCAGCAGAGCAAGCCGAGCCAGACACAACCGGCGAAUCCACCGCAGACCCAGGCAAGAGACACGGCACAGCCGCAGCCCGUGGCAGGAGGCCCUUCUGUCUACGCGCCAACACCACCGAACGCCGCAACGCCGUCGCCCAGGCCCGCGGGAGCCACGCCGGGCAGGCCCCCUGCGAACCCUGCCACGGAAUUGGGGCCGACGGGAAUCCCGUUGGCGCAAGAGUUUGGGCCCGUGCCAGACGCUGCGGCGGUGCCACCUCCCUUUAUUUUACAGAACGGCCAUCAGCAGCAAUGGACGAUAGACUUCACGGACAUGGCGGACGCGCCGCUGGACACGAUGCUUGGUGGUGGUGGCGGUGGUGGUGGUGGCGACGACUUCGACAUGAUGGACUGGAGCUAUUGGAACGAUUUUGUGAACGAUGCGAGUGUCAAUGUGGAGGGUCAGACUCCUUCUAGCAGUGAGGGAAAGUAG